CAGGCGGAGUUCACCGCCCUGGAGGACUUCGUCCAGCACAAGAUCCACAGGGGCUGCCAGCGGGUGCAGGAGAGCGGCACCAUGGCCCCCGUGCCCGGACCCGAGGCCGCGCCCGCCGCGCUGCUCAGCCCGGAGGUGGUUCCCUCCGUCGGGGAGUCCAUCACCGUGGCUCACAUCGUCGUGGAGACGGCGGCGCUCCCCACCGAGGGCCACGACGCGCCAGAGAUCGGGGGCGGCGGGAACAUCAAAGAGGUCAUCGUGGCGGCCGCGGAGCCCAUGUUUGCCGGCGCGGACGGGCAGGUGGAGGGGGAGCCGGCGGGACCGGGCAGCCCGGAGGAGUCCGAGCCGGACGGCCCGGCUGAGCCGAGCAGGGUCAAGCUGCUGGUCAACAAGGAGGGACGCUACGUGUGCCAGCUCUGCCACAAGACCUUCAAGACGGCCAGCAUCCUCAAGGCCCACAUGAUCACCCACAGCAGCCGCAAGGACCACGAGUGCAAGCUCUGCGGGACGUCCUUCCGGACCAAAGGCUCCCUCAUCCGGCACCACCGCCGCCACACGGAUGAGCGGCCUUACAAAUGCAAGAAGUGCGGGAAGAGCUUCCGGGAGUCCGGGGCCCUGACCCGCCACCUCAAGUCGCUGACGCCCUGCACGGAGAAGAUCCGCUUCAGCCUGAACCAGGAAGUGGUGCUAGCCAAAGAGACCCUCCCGCCAGGGUCCGGCGAGGUGGGCUCGGAGGUGGCCCCGUCCCUGGGUGGUGAGCCCGUGGAGGCCUCGCCCGUCAUCCACCUGGUGACCGACGCCAAGGGCCACGUCAUCCACGAGGUCCACGUCCAAAUGCAGGAGCUGCCGGUGUGCGCCAAGGCCUUCGGGACGCAGGCGACAGGUCCGGAGGAGGCGGCCCCGGAGGGCCCGGUGAGCAGCGAGAGCCUGCUGAGGCAGGCCAUGAGGAACUCCGGCCUCGUCAUCGAGCGAGUCGGCCUGGACGAGGCCACCAAGCCCUUCGCCCCCUGUGUCGGCGCCACCGAGGAGCUGGCCGGCGGCGACGUGGAGGGCGAGGAGUUCGUGGACGUGGAACAAGUCGAGACGAUCCAGCCCGAGUUGGUCAACGGCCUCAAGUGCUUCUCCUGCCCACACUGCAGCGAGGUGUUCCCCGUGCCCGCGGCCCUGGAAGAGCACAUGAGAGGGCACUUGGGCCUGAAGGUGUUCCACUGCGACGAGUGCGGCAAGGAGUUCCCCAAGGGCUACCUGCUGAAGAAGCACCGCGAGGCCCACGUCCGCGAGCGCCGCUACCGCUGCGGGGAGUGCGGGAAGCUCUACAAGACCAUCGCCCACGUCAAGGGCCACCGGCGGGUGCACUCGGACCAGCGGCCCUACUCCUGCCCCAAGUGCGGCAAGUGCUACAAGACCAAGAACGCCCAGCAGGUCCACUUCCGGACGCACCUGGAGGAGAAGCCGUACGUGUGUCAGUACUGCAGCCGCGGCUUCCGGGAGAAGGGCUCCCUGGUGCGCCACAUCCGCCACCACACCGGCGAAAAGCCCUUCAAGUGCUACAGGUGCGGCCGCGGCUUCGCCGAGCACGGGACCCUGAACCGCCACCUGCGCACCAAAGGAGGCUGUCUCCUGGCCCUGAAGGAAGUGGAGGAGGUGAUGGUGUCCGAGGAGAGCCAGUCGGCCGACGGCCUGGCCGCCACGGUCAUCUCGGAGGACCCCCACACGGUGCUUGUCGAAUUCUCGUCCGUGGUGGCCGACACCCAGGAGUACAUCAUCGAGGCAGCGACCGAAGACGCGGAGACCAGCGAGGCCACCGAGACCCUCGAGGGGACGCGUCAUGAGGUGGACAGUCACAUCAUGAAGGUCGUGCGGCAGAUCGUGAGCCAGGCCAGCCCCGGCCACCACCAGAUCAUCGUGCAGAACGUCACGGUGGACCAGGGCGCCGGGCUCGGGGCCGACGCGGGCGACACCAUCACCAUCGCCACCCCGGAGAGCCUGACGGAACAGGUGGCCAUGACCCUGGCCUCGGCCAUCGGCGAGGGGGCCGUGCUGGCCACGCGGGGCGGGCUGGACGCGGACGUGGCGGCCGCGGCGGUCACCAUGGUGGCCGAGGAGGGCAUCGAGAUCCUGGAGCACACGGGCGACUUCGUGGUCACCUCCCAGGAUGGCGAGCUGGAGGUGCAGACGGUCAUCGUGUAGGCGAGCGGCGGCGGGGGCCGCCUGGAUGCAGAAGGGUCCGGCCUGGGGACGGGGGUGUUGCUCGGUCUCACAGCCCCCUCCCCCAGCGGGGCCACCGAGUGGGACUGGCUGCUGCUGGUGGUGGUGGUGGCGGUGGUGGUGGCCGCCGAGUCAGACUGAGGCGUGAACUGGUGCCUUAAUCAUUCAGAAAGGGGACUUGCGCCCCUCGGCAGGCAGGCUGGCCCACCUGGUCGUAGGGCGCGCCUGGAGCCGGUUUCCCCAACUCUCUUCCUCUCAUUUCCAUCCCGCCUCAUCCUCUUUAUCCCUUCCAUCUCCUCCUCCCACGUGUCUCUUCCGUCUCAUCCUCCCUCUUGUCUCCUCCGUCUCAUCCCCCGCCUCGUCUGACCGGCCGCCAGCCCCGUGGCCUUGUGUCCCUUCGAGGUCACCGUGCUGACCCUCCCGGCGGGGAAGCCGUGACUGGACGCGCGAGACUCGGUAGGUUUGCAAACGGCAGUGGGAGAGUUUGAGCUUGUAAAUAAGAUGAAAGGAGUUUUGUCUUUUGGUUUUUUUUACAAUAAACCGUGGAAACUGG